UUCGAAAUAAUGAAUCUUCUUUGGGCCUAUAUUUUGAUGUUACACACUAUUAUAUAAUUAUAAGACUAUGUAAUUUACUGCACUGAAACGAACUAUUCCAUUAACAGUCAGUGGUCCCUAAAAAGUCAGCAGGUUGGCUCAUUGGCAUGUUGGGAUCCAGUUCGUUUCCGACGUGUUUACAUUUCAUACAGCAUGAACUCAUCGCUGAUAUAAAUGUGACAUUGUUGUCGUAUAUGUCUUGCUAUGUACUGUAGAUCUAGGUAACGUUAGCUAGCUAGCUACCUGGAAUUGGGCUCUGUGGUGACGAGUGAGUUUAAUUCAGCGCGAUUCCAUGUUUAUCAAACCUCAACCCAGAUGAUGAGUCCAGUCAAUUAUGAUUUCCAGGACAUCAGGCCAGUCACACUACACCUUCCAGAAGAGACGGUCACCUCCUUGUACUGUGUCACUGCUAAGGGGCUGGAGGCCCAAGUGGCCUCCUUAGUCGAAGCCUUCCUGGUUGAAGUGUACCGCUGCAGAGUGUGCCAGUUCACCAGUGGCCUAAAAGGCAGUAUCCAAACACACGUACUGGAGAGGCACGAUUUAGGAGCCUCCUCCUGCCCUGGUCUUCCCUGUCUUGAGAAGGACAAUGGCCUUGAGGUAGGGGUGGGAGUUGACAGAGAAGAUGAUGAUGAACUGGACCAAAAUGGCUCCCCAGGCUACAACCUGGAGGAUGACCUCCAUUCCGUCUCAAAGGAUGCUGACCAGAUGGAUCAUAUGGGCUUGGAGCGCAUGUCCUUCCUGCUGCCCAUGUACGGCAUGCUGCCCAAUAUCAGUCCCCGGUCAUGUGACAUGGCCCUGAGUUCCAACUCGGACGGGAGUCUCCACGUUGCACAGACCUGUGAGGUGAGCACUUUGUUUGAGGAGGAUGAGAGACAUGGUGAGGAGGACGAAGAGGAGAGCGUGUUCCGAUUGGACGCUGCCGACUCCGUCAACCUGUCGUGUCCAAUGGGCUCGGUGGUGAUAAACGAGGCCAAGGAUGAUGAGAUGGCCCAGUCAGCUCACCUCAUGACCCUGGGCCUCUGUCGCAUCUCCACAGCCAACAAGGGCCUCUCAGACAGAGCGGGUACCCAGCUUCCCUCAACUCCCAUCGGGCAAGAGGGUUUGGAGUCAGACACCUCCUUGGAUGACAAGAUGGAUGACAAAAUGCCCCAGUCCCAGGGAAAGCAGUCCCCUCCUCAUGGCCCCAAGCAGCGGAGGUCACUGUUCUGUGUCCUCUGCCGUGCCACCCUGACCUCUAGACACUUGCUUGAGGUCCACCUUAAAUGUCACAACGGGGACAGGGGCUUCAAGUGCCUUCAGUGUGGCUGGACGUCGGCCGUGUGGGGGGAGAUGGAGCGCCACUGGAGGGCCCACGGGAAGAGGAUGCGGCGGGGAAAAAAAGAGAAAGAUAGGGGCACCAGGCCCCAUGGUUGCCAGGUUUGUCUCCGGAAGUUCCGGAGUGUUAAGUCCCGGGAUGCACAUAAGCGGCGGCACCACAGUCAACGGCGGAGUCCUCAAGAAUGCUUCACGUGCCAGCACUGUGACUACAGUGAUAAGUCGUGGGACAAGCUGCACAAACACAUUCUCUCAGAGCACAAAGCCUUUGGGGACAGACUGACAAACCCGGAUGGACUGAGUACCCAUGUUGUGUGUGCUUUGAGGAAGUUCACCCACGAAAGCAAUUACCCACAAGACCUGCAAGGAGUGGAGCCAGAAAAGUGGAAUAAGUGGAGGCAGAAGCAGAGGGGAAGUAAGGACGGAGAGGAGUGCAGAGAGGAGCAAGGGCAGAAAGCGGAGGAAUCGGUGAGGAGGAAAGGGAGGAAAGAGUUCUGCUGUGCCCUCUGCAACAGGAAGUUCUCCACCAAGCUGACCAUGCGUCGCCACAUGGGCAUCCACCAGGGGGACAAGCCCUUUGAGUGUCCCCAUUGCCACUACAGCACCCGGCUCAAGGCCUCACUGGUACAGCACCUCCGUGUUCAUACAGGUGAGAAGCCCUUCAAAUGCCUUCAGUGUCCCUACGCCUCCAUCGACAGCAGCUCCCUGCGCCGACACUCCCGCACGCACACACAGGAGAGGCCCUACUGCUGCCAGUACUGUCCAUACAGCAGCAUCCAGAAAAAGAGCUUAGAUCUCCACGCACGACGCCACCACACAGGCGAGUCUUUCCCCUGCCACCUCUGUCCGUACGCUACACCGGACCGCCAGCUGCUGCUGCGCCAUGUGCGCAAGCACCACUCUUCUGAACCAUCCCACGUAUUGGGACCAAGGACACCCAAACGUCCCAAAACCUCUAUCUCUGCAGGAAGGGUCCAGUAAUCCUGACAAAUAACUUUCUCUGGGUCAUGUUCAGUAGGCACCAAACGAAAGAAAACUGACUGAUUGAGAGGGACUACCUGGACUUCCUUUUCCAUUGCGUGGCCUAAUGGACCAUGACCCUGGUCUUGAAUGGAAAUGUGUCUUUAAUCAUAUUAAACAAGCACAUUUAUUUUACUACA